AUGGAUAGAACACCAAUACAUGAUCCAUCAAUGACACCAUCACCUAAUACAAUAUCUACUAGUACAACAUCUAAUCAUCCUAGUCAAAAUUCAUCAAAAACAAUGAUCUAUAUUUGUGGUGAAUGUCAUAAAGAAAAUGAAUUAAAAUCUACAGAUGUUAUUCGAUGUAAUGAAUGUGGUUAUCGAAUAUUAUAUAAAAAACGUACAAAACGAUUGAUAAUUAUCGAUGUCGAACAACAACAUACAUACAAUUCCAUCGACAGUAUCUAUCAAGGACAUAUCAAUAUCUUACUUUCUCAAAUUGAUUUUUUAAAUCGAUGUCUUAUUCAACAAAAUUAUGUAUUCAGUUGUCAAUUACAAGAACUACGACAAGCAUUCAUUCAUGAAUUAGAACAACAACGGCAAGAAUUCAAUCGUAAAUUCGAACAACAACAAGAGAUGUUCAACGCUGAAAUAAUUAAAUUAUUAAUUGAGAAUAUGCUUUAUAAAAUAACUGGUCACAACUAUAAAGAUGUUGAUGAUCCAGCUGUUCGGGUAUCAUUUCCACUUAUUGGUGAUCCAACAAUUAAAUUUGUUUCUUGGACAACAACGCCAUAG